GCAGGCUACAGACUAUGGGGUCACAAAGAGUCAGACACGACUGAGUGACUAACACUUCUCAGACUGGCUUGUUUUGCUUGGCAUAUUCACUGAAGCUUCCUCCAUGUCCUUUCAUGGCUUGACAGCUCAUUUCUUUUUGGUGCUGAGUAACAAUCCAUUGUGUGGAUGCACCAUGGCUUAUUUAUCCAUUCCCUAUAAGGGCUUGGAUUCCAGGUUUGAGCACUUGUGAAUAGAGUGGCAUGGAUGUCUGUGUUUGGGUUCUGUAUGGACACAAGCUUUCAACACAUGCUCAUGUGUCAUCUGCAUCUUUGGUGGGGUGUUGUUCAGAUCUUUUACCCACUUUUUGAUCCUGUUGUUUGUUUUCUUUCUGUUGUGCUUUAGGAGUUCCAUGCAUAGUUUGGAUAACAGAACUUUAUCAGAUAUGCCUUCUGAAAAUAUUCUCCCUAAGUCUGUGGCUUGUCUUUUGCUCUCUAACAAUCAUUGUAUUUUAAGACAGAAUAUUCUAUACAGGCUAUGCCUUUAGUCCACCAAAUCCAGCUGGGUGUAAAUGGAAAAAAUGAGCAAGAUAAAAAUAUUGGCAGAAACACAAAACAACAAAAUAUGCUAAUGCAUGCUGUCAUUAAAAAAAUAGCUUCUAUUCAAAAAAUUAGGAAUCCAUUUGAACUCAAAAAAUUGACAUUGUUCUUUAGCAAGUCAGAUUUUUCAUGUAUAGACAUCCCAAGGUCAUGGGGCACAGAGUAACAGAAAGCAGGUGUGGAAACAGAAUCAUACAAUACUGUUUGAUAGUCUGUUGCCUGCAACCAUCUUUUGAAAAUUAUUUUUUAAAAUUUCCCAAUUUCUUCCUAAUGAAGAAGAUUGUUUGUUUUAUAUUUGGGGGAAAAUGUGAAGAACCAGCUUUAAAUAAAACAUUCUGUUCUUUCCAAUUCAUACAUUUUAAAUAAUGAAGUUUUUUAAAAUGCUCAAGGUCCCACAGUUUUCACUUCUCUCACUUCUUAGGUUAACAUUAAACAAUAAUGAAUUUCCAACACAUCUCUCCUGAGUUUCUCAGAGAAUCUUAAAUUAUAAAAAGGAAUGACUGUUCAAAGCUUUAGAAAUGACACAACCACCCCUUUCUUUUAUGUACCAGUGAAAUAGUUUCACCGACAAAGAUGUCUUCGGAGGAGAUGAAAAAUCUCCACCUGGAGGAGAAAUACCUGCAACCGGAAACCAAGGAAGUGAAUGGAAUCCUCAUGACCAAGAUGAUAAGUGAUAACUGGGACAAAAUCUGGAAUUUUCAAGCCAAGCCUGAUGACCUUCUCAUUGCAACCUACGCAAAGGCAGGUACCACCUGGACCCAGGAGAUCGUGGACAUGAUCCAGAAUGACGGGGAUCUGCAGAAGUGUCAGCGGGCCAACACCUUUGACCGGCACCCUUUCAUUGAGUGGGCGCUCCCCCCGCCCCUCAGCUCAGGUCUGGAUCUCGCCAACAAGAUGGCUUCUCCGAGGACUCUGAAGACGCACCUGCCUGUUCAGAUGCUCCCACCUUCCUUCUGGAAACAGAACACAAAGAUCAUCUAUGUGGCCAGGAACGCCAAGGACUGCCUGGUAUCCUACUACCACUUCUCAAGAAUGAAUAAGAUGGUGCCAGACCCUGGCUCCUGGGAGGAGUAUGUUGAGACCUUCAAAGCUGGGAAAGUGCUAUGGGGCUCCUGGUACGACCACGUGAAGGGCUGGUGGCACGCCAAGGACCAGCAUCGCAUCCUCUACCUCUUCUAUGAGGACAUGAAGGAGGAUCCAAAGCGGGAAAUUCGGAAGAUCCUGAAGUUCCUGGAGAAAGAGGUGUCGGAGGAAGUUCUGGACAAAAUCAUCCAUCACACGUCCUUUGAGGUCAUGAAGGAGAACCCAAUGGCCAACUACACCACACUGCCCACCAGCAUCAUGGACCACUCCAUCUCCCCCUUCAUGAGGCGAGGAAUGCCUGGGGACUGGAAGAACUACUUCACUGUGGCUCAGAAUGAGGACUUCGACAAGGACUACGAGAGGAAGAUGGCUGGGAGCACCCUGACCUUCCGCACGGCCCUCUGA